AUGGGUGUUACUGAUUAUAACCCAAUAUUAAGUAUACGAAAGAAAAUUAGAAAAAGCAGCACCAAGUCAAGUACUACUAGUACUAGUGCCUCCAAAUACGACUUUGUUUUGUUGGGUACCACACAAGUGGCCAAUUGUUUGGAUUGCAAAUCUCAUAAAAGCCGGAGUGGAGAGGAAGAGGCUAGACAAAGUCCAGUGGAUCAGACGCUAUUAUCAGAGGAUAAAGAUGCUUUGAAUGGGAGUAUAGAUGCUGGUACUCAGAAAUUGGUUACUAAGGAGUUGGCUAAGCCCCAGGAGAUGUCAAAGCAUCUAGAGCCUGUGUCAUCUGUAGUAAAGCAUGAUGUUACACCAGAUACGAAUUCCAGUGACAGAGGUACUUUGGAUUGGGUUACCCCAAAACGGGUUGGAGGAAAUAAGAAGGCUACUCAUAGGGCAAAGAACACUUUGACGAAUUCCUAUAGUGCUUUGCAAGAUAAGGUAUUGGAGGUUACAAACUUGGGACUAACAACAACAAGUGCCUUAUUGGAGACUAAACUUCGUGGUGAUAAAAUUGAGAAAAUGAUGCAUUCCUUUUUCAUUGGCUGGAACUAUUUCACUGGUGCAGCUUCAGAAGGUCGAUUGCUUCUUAUUUGGCAGCAAAAUUUGGUGUCUGUUGAAGUUCUAAAGGAGACUGAUCAGUUACUUCAUGUCUGUGUUAAAGGUCUAAGGACUAAUAAGUUGUUUUGUGUUACAUUUGUGUAUGGUAGAAAUUCGAUUGAGGAAAGAGUGCCUCUUUGGAGUGAUCUGUCCGGUCUUUGGUUCCCAGCCACACCUUGGCUGUUGGCUGGGGACUUUAAUGCAGUCUUUGAGGGUACAUACAGAAUUGGUGGACGUGCUAUUUCUUCCCUUGAGUUAACUGAUGCUCAAAAUUGGAGGGCCUUGGGUUUAGUUGAUGAGUUGCGAGCUAGAGGGUCUCAUUUUACUUGGACUAAUAAACAUGCCAAUGAAGAUAGAAUUUACUCGAAAUUGGACAGAGUUUUUAAAAAUGAAGAUUGGUUGGACCUUUAUCCUCAAGCUGAGGUUGUUUUCAACUGGGAAUUGCUAUCUGACCACUGUUACUGCAUUAUCAAACCAGAAGCUUCUGUGAACUGUGGUAUUAAGCUGUUUAGAAAGUUGAGCAGACUUCAGAUAGUUCUUCGCAAAUUCAAUAAGCAUGUUAUGGGAGAUGUUGUUCAGAAUUAUGUUUUGGCUAAGGAGAAGUUUCAGGCUGCCCAAUUGUCUCUUCAGAGUAAUCCUCACUCGGUAGAACUUCAAAGAGUAGAAGCUGCAGCAGGUGAUAAUUUUGAGUAUCGUGCUAGAACUUAUGAGAGCUUCCUGAGACAGAAAAGCAAAGUGGACUGGCUUCGUUAUGGUGAUGACAACACGGCAUAUUUUCAUGCUUGUUUAAAACAAAGAAGAGCCAUUAACUGUAUCACUUCAGUAAUGACAGAAUCUGGUCAGAUAAUUGAAAAUUUUGAUGAUGUUGUAGAACACUUUCAGAUCAGUUUAGUGAGGCCUUUCACUACUAAGGAAGUUAAAGACGCUUUGUUUAGCAUUAACUCUAUUAAAAGUCCGGGGCCGGAUGGGUACGGCUCGGGUUUUUUCAAAGUAUUGUGGAGUGAUUUAGAAGCUGAAAUCUCAGAAGCCAUAAUUGAGUUCUUUGAGAGCGGUAAUCUGCCAGAGGAAGUAAAUAAGGCUACUAUUUCCUUGAUUCCUAAGAUUGAUACUCCUACUCGGGCAGCGGAUUAUAGGCCUAUUGCGUGUUGCAAUUCUAUCUACAAGUGCAUAUCUACAAUGCUUUGUGGUAGAUUGGCGAUGGUGCUUCCUAGUCUUGUUCAUCAAAAUCAAGGAGCUUUUGUUAAAAAUAGAUUAUUGGCGCAUAAUAUUCUUAUUCUUCAGGAUAUUAUUAAAGGGUAUAAGAGGAAAAACAUUUCCCCUAGAUGUGUGAUGAAAAUUGACCUGAGCAAAGCCUAUGAUAUGCUUGAUUGGAAUUUUUUGGAGGACAUUCUCACUGAAUUCUGUUUUCCGGAUAAAUUCAUCAAAUGGGCAAUGGCCUGCUUGAAGGAUCCUACUGAUUAG